AGACUACCAGUGGGCCGGCAUAUGGAAAGAUAAAGGCAGGAGUUUUCUGGAGUGUUGCAGUCGCACUGUUUUAAGUUCUCCCUCCCCCUCUGCCUCUUUGGUUCUUUGUUCACCGAUAGCUUUGUUCAGAGUUUUGCUUUUUAAGUUAUGUGCUAACUAAAUGUUCUCUUCACACUUGGAGAAGACAAAAAUGGUUCAUAAUGUUCCAGUUGGCUUAAAAAAAAUAUAUGUUUUUGAAGUCAUGAGUGCCAUAGAAGGAUAAAUUCCUUAGCAAGGAACACUGAGUACAGUACGUCCUACCUCUCAAGCAGCACUGAAUCUGGAAGAAAUAGAGGCUUGGGACAAAAACUGAGAGCCUUGCGAAAGAUAUUGUAAAAGUAUCAAUGCUAUUGUAACAGAUUAAACAAAUAAAGGUACCAGCAACUGAGGACGACACUUCUUGCUGUCCAAAGAUGGAAAACAACAUAACUACUAUAUCUCGUGAAGAGCUUGAUGAACUAAGAGAAGCAUUCGGUAAAAUAGAUAUUGACAACAGCGGGUAUGUGAGUGAUUAUGAGCUUCAAGACCUGUUUAAAGAAGCAAGUCUGCCCUUGCCUGGUUACAAAGUCCGGGAGAUUGUAGAGAAAAUCAUUGCAGUGACGGAUAGCAACAAGGAUGGGAGAAUCAACUUUGAAGAAUUUGUCUCAAUAAUUCAGGAAUUGAAAAGUAAAGAUGUUAGUAAAUCUUUCCGAAAAUCAAUAAACAAAAAGCAAGGUAUUACAGCAAUUGGAGGAACAUCAGCAAUAUCUAGUGAGGGGACCCAGCACUCCUAUUCAGAGGAAGAAAAAGUUGCUUUUGUUAAUUGGAUAAAUAAAGCUCUACAAGAUGACCCAGACUGUAAGCACCUCCUACCUAUGAACCCAUCAGAUGCCAGUCUUUUUAAAUCCCUUGCAGAUGGCAUCCUUCUUUGCAAAAUGAUCAACUUUUCACAACCAGAUACAAUUGAUGAAAGGGCCAUUAAUAAGAAGAAACUCACUCCUUUCACUAUUUCUGAAAACCUAAACCUGGCUCUGAACUCGGCAUCUGCUAUUGGCUGUACGGUUGUCAAUAUUGGAUCACAAGACUUGCAAGAAGGAAAACCACACUUGGUAUUAGGACUCUUGUGGCAGAUCAUUAAAGUUGGUCUUUUUGCUGAUAUUGAGCUUUCCAGAAAUGAAGCUCUUAUCGCCUUGCUAAGUGAAGGGGAAGAACUAGAUCAGUUAAUGAAGCUUUCCCCAGAAGAGCUCUUGCUACGGUGGGUGAACUACCAUCUGACCAAUGCAGGGUGGCAGAAAAUCAGUAACUUCAGCCAAGACAUUAAGGAUUCAAGAGCAUACUACCAUCUGUUAAAUCAGAUUGCACCCAAAGGAGAUAACCUUGAUGAACUGCCCAUUCAGAUUGACUUCUCAGGAUUUAAUGAUAAAAAUGACUUGAGGAGGGCUGAAUACAUGCUCCAACAGGCAGAUAAAUUGGGCUGCAGACAGUUUGUAACACCAGCUGAUGUGGUUGCAGGCAACCCUAAACUCAAUUUGGCUUUUGUUGCAAAUCUCUUUAACACAUAUCCAGCCCUACACAAGCCUGACAAUUCAUCUUACGAUCUCAAUUUAUUAGAAGGAGAAAGUAAGGAAGAAAGGACCUUCAGAAACUGGAUGAAUUCACUGGGUGUAAGCCCAUAUGUUAAUCAUUUAUACAGUGACCUCUCUGAUGCUUUAAUAAUUUUCCAAUUGUAUGAUAUGACUCGUGUGCCGGUUAACUGGAACCACGUCAACAAACCUCCUUAUCCAUUACUUGGUGGUAACAUGAAAAAGAUUGAGAAUUGCAAUUAUGCAGUAGAGCUUGGGAAGACAAAAGCCAAAUUCUCACUGGUUGGUAUUGCUGGACAUGAUCUAAAUGAGGGUAAUCCAACCCUGACUUUGGCUUUGCUGUGGCAGCUGAUGAGAAGGUAUACUUUGAAUGUACUAUCAGACCUUGGAGAGGGUGAAAAAGUAAACGAUGAAAUUAUUAUUAAAUGGGUGAAUCAGACACUUGCAAAAGCAAAUAAGAAAACUUCAAUUACAAGUUUCAAGGACAGAUCAAUCAGCACUAGUUUACCUGUCCUAGAUUUAAUAGAUGCCAUUGCACCAAAAGCAGUUCGUCCAGAAAUGGUCAAGAGAGAAGAUCUUUCUGACCAAGACAAACUGAAUAAUGCUAAGUAUGCCAUUUCAGUUGCUCGAAAAAUCGGUGCUCGUAUCUAUGCUCUCCCAGAUGAUCUGGUUGAAGUGAAGCCAAAAAUGGUGAUGACUGUGUUUGCGUGUUUGAUGGGAAGAGGACUGAACAAAAUUAAAUAAUGAAGAUAUGUAACAUAACUUUCUGCCACGUUAAGCACAAUGAAUGCCUCGCAGUUUACAGAGGUCUGAAGCUUAGUAUAGAACAAGAAAAUUUGUAUUCACAAAUAUAAUAAUUAAUUACAUUUUAAUAAUGUUUAUAUUAGUUAACAUUUUAUUCAGUUUCAUAACACUGAUUAUUUAUGAGUAAUAUUGUUUUCGGAACAUGUGCAUUACCAAAUUAACAUCACAGAUUCAUAUUGCUUUUAAAAACCCUACACCAUACUAAUCAAGCUUCAUUUGUAUUAGUUUCCAUAGCAUUGUAAGAAUCUGCAUCUUAUUUCAGGACCUAUUGUGAAACAAAGCUUAUUUUUUCUUUUGUGGGUGUUACUUACAUGUAGUCAUACAAGUCUGAAGGUGCAUUCCAGUCCUAUAAUAUGACUCCUAACUGCACAAAAGUUAUUGUCCUUGCCUUAUUCUUUGAGAACUUUACUCAUUUGAAGCAAAUGAGAGUCUUGGCAUUGACUUCAAUGGGAGCAAGUAAAGGCCUGUGCUAAUGUCUAGAAACUAAAGAAUAUUGAUAAAGCUGAUUAAACUUUUUUUGUGGGAAUAAUCUUUAAAUAUACGCAGUAGUUCUGUCACUGAGCAGAGGCUUUUAUGGUACGUGUAUUAAGAAAAAAGAGCAAAUAAUAAGCAGAAAUUUAAUAUGUCAUUAGGUCUGCAUAUGCAUUAGCUUUUGCAGUUGGACUAAACAUCUGAAUUUUUUAAAAAAUUUUCAUAAAAUAUUGUAUAAGAAAACAAUAAAGAGCUGGCUAGUCCAGUUUGAGGUUUCACAUUAAA